AAAACUCUUAUUUUGAAACCGGAAAUGCUCCUUCCAUCUUCCUGGAGUGAAACUCGUAACACACGUGGAUAACAGAGCUCAACACAACAGGACUUUACGUUGAAUAACUCAAUAAGCGGCCGCCAUGAAGGGGAAAGAGAAGCAGCAGCAGCGAGAGAUGACCGUGUCAAAGAAGAAGAAGAACGUGGCGCCGAGCAGCAGCAGCAGCGAUGAUGAAGAAGACUCCGACGCAGAGAGGAACUACGCUCUGCUCACUGGAAGAGGACGAGGAGCUGAGGGGGCGGAGCCAGAUGUCUGUGACGAGGACAAAGAGGGGUCUGAUGGCGGCACCGAGGAGGAGGAGGAGGAAGGAGGUGAGGAGGGACCAGAUGGCGACGAGGGACCAUCUAACAGCGGCGAAGCAGAUGGGGAGGAGGACGACGAGGACAGCGGCGACGAGGACAGCGAGGCCUCAGAGGACGGCGCGGACGGCGAUCCGGGGGACGCCGGCGGUAGCGGUGAGAUCCGGACGGCGGACGACAUUAAGAAAGAACUCUCCAACAUGUCCUUCGAGGACGUCAUGAAGCUGCAGAGCAGAGUGGGGACCAAAGUUUACAACGAGCUGGCGUACGGCGGCGGCGGCGGCAGCAAGAGCCGAGGGGCCGCCAGACAGAAACGGCUGAACAAGAACAGGCCGAUGGAGAUUUCAUCCAAGAGGCGGGCUCCCUUCCUCCGUCAGGUCGUCUCCGUCAAGAAGCCGACGCAGAGAGAUCCCCGAUUUGACGACCUGUCGGGAGAAUACAAACCGGAGAUUUUUGAGAAGACGUUUAAAUUCAUCAACGACAUCAAGCUCCGAGAGAGAGAGAUCAUCGCGAAGAAGCUGAAGAAGUCCAAGAACAGCGAGAACAAGGAGAAACUGCAGUUCCUCCUGAAGAGGAUGGACAACCAGGAGCGAGCGAGGCAGAGCCGAGAGCAGCAGAGAGAGAGAGAGCUGCGGUUCAAGAGGGAGCAGAGAGAGCGAGCCAAUCAGGGCGAGCGGCCGUACUUCCUCAAGAACUCUGAGAAGAAGAAGCUGCAGCUGGCCGAGAAAUUCCAGGAGCUCAAGAAGAGCGGCAAGCUGGAGAACUUCCUGAGCAAGAAGAGGAAGAGGAACGCCGGAAAGGACCGCAGGAAGCUUCCCAGACAGCUGCUGAACAGCAACAGCCAGUGACACAGAAGCAGCAGCAGCAGCAGCUGGAUGUAAUGAGACUGCGAUGACUCGUCUCGGCCUGCUGGUGGCGCCGCGGUCUGUUCGACGAAGGGCCGAGUUCUUUGGAGUUAAAUGACCUUUUACUGUAAAAAAAUAUUUCUGGACUUUCCAUCGCCUCUCGCGGGGGCCUCUGUAGGCGAGGGCCGUUUCCUCGGUUGCCGUGGAGAUGGCUGCGAGUGGAAGAAACAAAGAGCGAGAAAGUGGAUUUCUGCCUUGAAGAAAUGAAUCAAAACUAUCCGUCGCCUGGAAGCAGGAAACUGCAGAUGAACAAUGGCCUGUUUGUGACGUGCUCAGUUUGUACCUCGAGGGGUUAAAGGGCCUUUUUGGGCCAAUUCAUUUUAAGAAAUAAAAAAUAAUGAGUGUCACAUUUGACACAUUUUGGUAUAAAAACAAGAAGAAUUCUUAAACAGUUAAAGCAUCAGCUAUGAUGCAGAUUAAAAUGAAACGCCUAGUUUUGCUUUGAGUGUGCGAUAGAGGGACUUUAUUAAUAAAGUGUUUGAUAACAGAAGAGCUGUUUUAUGAGUGUGUUU